AUGAGAUCAGUUUUGCGGGCCACGAAGCUCUGCGCGGCGGCGACACGUCUUGCGCCAGGCCAUGGCUUCGCAACAUCCUCUCCGUCCGCCUACCAGGCGACACUUGAAAGGUAUUCUACCAGGAAAUACUCACCUCCCGACCGCAAAACAUCCAAAUACGACGUCUUCAGGAACAUGAUUCUCACUCAGUUCAACGUCGUCGUUGACAACAUGGGACGUUGGUCAGAGACCAAUACCGAGUACCGAAACUUUGGGGUUCGAAGCGAGUAUGGCCUCAAUAACGAAAUCGCCCUAUUCCGCGACACCAUACAAAAAGCCAUCAGCUUGGCCAACAAGGGUGCAACAUUACGCAAGGAGAACCCGUUGUUCUGGUCCCUACGAAACGCCUUCAUCCGUGGCGACGUCAAGGGCCUGACGGCAGAGCUGCGAUACUCGUUCCAGAGCUUCAUGCUGCGAUCGAAAUUGACACACUCGACGGCGCGGCAGAGGAAGUUGGCUGAUUUGCGGUAUCCCAUGGAGUGGUUUCCCGCCACACGAGCCAUGCAGCGCACAAUUCACUUGCACGUCGGACCGACGAACUCUGGAAAGACAUAUCGGGCGUUGCAGGCUCUGAUGAACUCCAAGUCCGGUAUUUACGGAGGGCCUCUUCGUCUCCUGGCCCACGAGAUCUACUCUCGGUUCCAGGCCAACGGGAAGCCUUGCGCCAUGAUCACAGGCGAGGAGCAGCGCAUACCGGACGCCGAUAAUUACUUCAUCAGCUGCACCGUUGAGAUGACACCUCUGAAUCGAGUUGUUGAUGUGGCGGUUAUAGAUGAGAUUCAGAUGAUUGGUCACGAUGAACGAGGGUGGGCGUGGACUCAGGCACUCCUCGGCGUCAUGGCGAAAGAAGUCCAUCUCUGUGGCGAAGAACGAGUUGUCGACCUCAUUAAGUCCAUCUGCUCAAGUAUCGGCGAUAAGUGCAUUGUUCAUCGGUAUGAAAGACUCAGUCCGUUGCAAACGAUGGAGAAGAGUCUCGGCAACGAUCUUUCCAAUCUGGAAAAGGGCGAUGCCGUUGUGGCUUUCACGCGUGUCAACCUUCACGGUCUGAAGAACGCCAUCGAGGAGACAACCGGCCGUCGAUGCGCGAUUGUCUACGGUUCACUGCCACCUGAGACCCGUGCGCAGCAGGCAGCUCUGUUCAACGACCCCAACAAUGACUACGAUUUCUUGGUGGCUAGCGAUGCCAUCGGCAUGGGCCUGAACCUGGAGAUCAAACGCGUCAUCUUUGAGACGUCAAUGAAGCACGACGGUACACAGUAUCGUACGCUGACGACAUCCGAAAUCAAACAGAUUGGUGGCAGAGCAGGAAGAUACAAGACUGCUCGGCAGGCAGCUACUGCAACGAGUGAUGAAGCCAACCAAGUUGAAGAGAAGAAGGUUGGCUACGUUACAACGCUUGCUGACGAGGAUCUGCCCGCGAUUGCAAAGGGGUUCAACACUGAAACGGCACCGCUCGAGGCUGCAGGUAUUCACCCCCCAUCGCACAUUAUCGAGCAGUUCGCCGAAUACUUCCCUCCCGAUACGCCUCUCAGCUUUAUCCUCUUGCGAUUGCGCGAACUCGCGCCCGUCUCGGAGCGCUUCACGGUCUAUGUUCCUGAAAUCAGCGCCAAGAUCGCAGACACCAUCCAGGAGUUCCCCUUGACGAUUCAGGACCGCAUCACCGUUCUUCACGCGCCAAUCUCACUUCGGGAGCAGGGACAGAUGGACCUUCUCAAGGCCAUUGCCAAGUGCAUCUCGACGAGGAGCAACGGCGCCCUAUACGAUAUCCAGCCCAUCCAGCUGGAGCUGCUUGACGCCACGCUCGAAGACUUCAACAAUCAGGGAAGGCGGUACCUUCAUGCCAUCGAGUCCCUGCACGCGGCCAUCACCUUGUACUUGUGGGUGAGCUACCGCUUCCCCAACAUCUUUACGAGUCAGGCGCUCGCGUUCCACGUCAAGGACGCCGUCGAGGAGAAGAUUGAGUUCUACCUCGAGAACAACGCCGUCUUCGACCCUGAGGUACACACCAAGGUCCGUGAGAAGCGACGCAGGGAGGCGAGGGCCAAGGAUAUGAAGGCGGAAAUGGAGGUGGAGCUACGCAGACUCCAAGAAGAGGAAGACGAAAGUAGUGCAGAGAAGCUCGCUGGUCUCGCGCCUUCCGAGGACGACUCUAUCGUUUUUGACCAGAGCUCUGCGGGGCUCGAUGAGCCUCUGGUGGUGGAUGAGAGUGAUUAUGAGGCCGGGCUGAAAGACGAGGAGGAGAAGCCGAAAGAAGAGUCUGCCGUCUAA